AAAUAAUUAUCCUCUUAAAUCAUUUUUCCUAUAAACUAUACAGCAAAAACCCAUAAAUAAAGGCAUUACAAAUUUACUAUCUUUUGGAAGUCAAAUAAACGAAAUCAAAAGUCAAAAUUGAGACUUAUAGUAUGGGUGCCCUGUUGCCAUUGAUGCACGAAAGUGAAGAAGCUGCAAAAACAAGCUUUUGAUUCUUAGACCAGUCUUCAAGGCAUCAAACCCUCACAUUAUCGAUCACAAUCAAGUUCUAUUCAUCUUCAUUGACCAAUGGGAUUAACAUUCGUAUGAUCGUCAGAUAACCUUGAUCACAAAUAAGUAAAACCAAAAUGGAAGCAAAUGAAAGAGUGAAAGAUACAGCAGAAGAAGAAGAAGAACAAGUAUGGAGUUGGGGAGCAGGUACAGAGGGACAACUAGGAACAGGCAAGCUUCAAGAUGAACACCUUCCUCAACUUCUCCAUAUCCUUCCUUCUUUAUCUCUCCUUUCUUGUGGUGGGGCCCAUGUCAUUGCCCUUACACCAGAUAAAAAAGUGUUGACUUGGGGAAGGGGUACAUCUGGACAACUUGGCCAUGGAAAUCUUGUCAAUAGCUUAGAACCAAAAAUUAUUGAUGCUUUAAAUGAAUUCAAUAUAACCCAUGUCUCAGCUGGAUGGAAUCACUCAGGUUUUGUUUCAGAAUGUGGACAACUUUUUACUUGUGGAGAUGGGCAAUUUGGUCAACUUGGACAUGGUGAUUACAAGUCACAAAGUUAUCCAGUCAAAGUCUCGUCUUUUUCAUCCAAACAUGUUGACCAAAUUGCAUGUGGGAUGCGUCAUUCAUUAGUCUUGUUGAAAGAUCAUGGAAACCAAAUAUUUAGUUUUGGUUAUGGAAAACGUGGUCAACUAGGAAUAUCUAAUAAAGUCAAAUCAAUAAAUCUUCCACAAAGUGUUAAUGGAUUGAAGGAAGUCAAUGUUAGUAGUAUCAUUGCAAAUGGAGAUCAUAGUGCAGCAUUAUCUGAAAAUGGUGAUUUGUACACUUGGGGAAGAGGGUUUGGAAGUAAAGCAGAUGUGUCUAGUCCCAAUUUGGUAAUUUCACCAUUCUCAUUCACACAGACUGCCCUUGGUUGGAAUCAUGCCUUAAUAUUAACAGAUGAAGGGGAAAUUGUUAUGCUAGGUGGCAGCCAUCAUGGGGUUCUUAACAGCCUUCAAAAGGGCAAUUCGGUCAAACAGGAUUCAAACGAAGCCCAUGUGGAAAAAAUUCAUGGACUUGAUGGGAUAAAAGUUGUGUUGGGAUUGCUUCGGGAUCAGAGCAUUCUGUUCUUACAACAGAAAAUGGAGUGGUGAUGACAUGGGGGUGGGGUGAACAUGGUCAACUUGGGUUAGGGAAGACAUGUGACGAGAAAAGUCCACAAGUUGUAACAUUUGGUCAAAAUCAAGAUAUGACAUCAAAGGUGUAUUGUGGGAGUGGUUUUACAUUUGUUGUUAGGAAUUUGAAGUGCAAAUAGUCAUGAAUCAUGAAAAUAGAUUUGUUAAUUUAUUUAAUUAGUUGUGUGGCAUGAUUGAAUGGAAUUGUUAAAAAUGGAAUUGGAAUGGUUUGUUAUAUUGUUUAUUGUGUUUGGUUGUUUUCAAAUAUGAAUUGAGUUAUUCAACCAUGUUGUUUGUUAUGCAUGAUUAAUUAAAUGGGUAAAUA